UCUCCCUCCUAAUUCACCUCCUUCUCUUUUCUAUUCUCUCUCUCUCUCUCUCUCUCUCUCUCUAAAAUGUAUUGACAGGACACACCUUUCAAACCCUUGAAAAAAAACUACGCGUCCUUCCCAACACACUCAACGGCCUCACUUCUCUUCACUCCUUCGAAAACCCUAACUUUCUCUCUCAUUUUCUUUGGCCUUUUCUUUCUCUCUCUGCUCAAUUAUUAUCAAUAGAUCCUCCAUGGACGAUGCUCACAAUCCCGAUCCGGGAGGCCACUUCGCCACUGACUCCAACUGGAAUCUCGGCUCUGACUCCGAUAACGUCAAUUAUUUCUUCGCUAGCGACAGGGAGAGCAGUAUACUCAGGGAAUUCGGAUGGAAUCUUCACCCCGGCCACACUUCCAGCGAACCGGGCAGCUUUGGUGACCUUGACCGGAUCGAUGCCGAAAACCUUGUGUUUGCACCUGAGAGUAGUAGCGGGUUACAGGGAUCGGUAAGUGGUGGUGGUGGUGGUGGUGGUUGUGAUGAUCAGGCUGGUAUGGGUAGGUCUGAGAGCGGUGGUGCUGGUGGUGCUGACGUGUCAACUUCCAAUCCGUCAGUCUCGUCGAGCUCUAGCGAGGAUCCGCCAGACAAGUCUACGGGCUCCGGCGGGAAACCACCUGAGAUACCGAGUAAAGUUAGAAAGAAGGGGCAAAAACGAAUCCGCCAGCCACGUUUUGCAUUUAUGACCAAGAGUGAAGUUGAUCAUCUUGAGGAUGGUUACCGCUGGCGGAAAUAUGGACAGAAAGCAGUUAAAAAUAGCCCAUUUCCCAGGAGCUACUAUCGUUGCACAAAUGGCAAAUGUACCGUGAAAAAGAGGGUUGAACGGUCUUCUGAAGAUCCCACCAUUGUGAUUACUACAUACGAAGGACAGCACUGCCACCAUACUGUUGGUUUUCCCCGAGGUGGAAUCAUUAGCCAUGAAGCGACAUUAGUCAACCACUUGACUCCCCCAGUUUCGCAAUUUUAUUAUCCUGGAAUUCAGUUACCUAGAGAAAGUCCUCCAACUAUUACACGGUCACAACAAAUACCCGUUCAAACAGUUGAAUCCGGUACACUGAGAGAGCUAACCCCACAGAUUCCAAUAGAUGAAGGACUGCUUGGGGACAUUGUCCGUCCUGGAAUGCUAAAUAGAUGAGGGUAUUAUGUUAUGGUCUACAUAUAUACAUAUAUAGCGCAGAGAAUUGAUGUUACCUGAUUUGUGGAGGUCCAUAUAUGUCUCUUAAUGUGAUCGGAGAGGAAAAGCAAGUUUUCUAGCUCUGAAACAGGAAUAGCUCAGAUCGAUGCGCUAACUCUUAUGCUGACGAAAAUGGAGAGUUGGGUAUGUGUAAAUAUUUACUAGAAACUAGCAUUCAUGGCUGGAGAGUGUAUAUAUAUAUGGUUGUCCUCGUUGUGCUGCCAUCUUAAAGUCGCAUGUAGUCGGGAGUAAAAUUAUAGGGUCCUUGAUCAGAUGGAUGUUGUAGUCUAGCCUGUAGUAAGUGUAAACGUGACGAUAUAUUAUUAGUGUAACCUAAGCACCUAACCUUUCUCCAUUUCUUAAACGAUUCUUUUAAUUUGAUUCGUUA